AUAUAUACUUACACUCUCAUCAUUGUUUUCUAUAUACACGAAACAUCCAAGGAGUGUUUUCUUCCCAGAUCCACACACUUUCACUUCUUGUCUCUCCGACAACUAACGACUAUGAGGAAGGCUUCCUGCGACCAUUCUCAUCAUCAUCAUGAGAUCAACAAGGGUGCUUGGUCCAAGCAGGAAGACCAGAAGCUCGUAGAUUACAUCCGAAAACAUGGCGAGGGUGGCUGGCGCGACCUGCCCAAGGCCGCAGGUCUGCUUCGUUGCAGUAAAAGUUGUAGGCUUAGAUGGAUGAACCAUUUAAAGCAAACUGCCAAAAGAGGGAACUUUGGUGAUGAUGAGGAGGAUCUCAUCAUCAAGCUUCAUGCCUUGCUUGGCGACAGGUGGUCGUUGAUCGCCGGGAGAUUGCCGGGGCGCACAGAUGAAGAGGUCGAGAAUUACUGGAAUUCCCAUAUCAGAAAAAAGCUUGUGGACAUGGGAAUUGAUCCCAAUAAUCACCGGGUUUCUUGCACUUAUCCCCGCCCUCAUAACAGCGCCGGCGUCGCCCAAACUUCGGCCGGGAAGAGCCGUGUUACUUCGCCGGAAAAGCAACGGAUAGAGAGCGACGGUGAAGUUUCAGAUGCCGGAAGUAGUAACGUCCGUUAGGCCGGCCGGCAAGUGUACGGCUCCCGGACUACCUAAAUUAACCAUAUUAACGUUGAACAAUAAUAUAUGUCGUCGUAGCUUGUCUCUUCUUUCCAAUUUAGAAGUUGCAUGUACUAGUAGCUUAUGUCUACAAUUGUGCCUCACGGAAUCACGGACAGCUCAGUUGGUAUUUACGAGUGAAUGAAGACUUAAGACCGAGUCACCCACUAUGGUAGGCUCACUCCUUUUGAGGAUAAAUAAGAUUAUGUCUACAAUUAUAAUGUAUUUGUAAUAAUAGCUCUAAAUAAAUUAGUAAUAAA